AUGGAUGACUUGUACAUCAAUGCUUGGAGCGACACUCAAGAUUCGUCUACUUCGAAGCCAAAGCUCCCGCUCGACCGCUCGACGUCGUCUUGGGUUUCCCCGAAGCUUCCGCUGCCUACUGUUCAUGACGAGGAGGCAGACCUAGCGGCACCGUCGUGGUCGACCGGUGCUGGUACACAAUGGAACGAGCCUUCUGAAGUUUCCGGUUUCUCGUGGUCUCAGGCUGAUUCGGAUCUGGCUUGGGGCGCGAGCACUUACGAGGGCAUUGAUAUCAAGUCUCCGCUUCCGGUAGACGCGCCGUCGCAGCCUGUUGACGACGAGGCAGAAACUGUCGUCGGGUCUGCACCUCAGUCGCUUCACUUGCAUGCUCCCGAGGAGAUAUCUUCUCCGCCUAGCUCGGCCUUGCAUGCGGAGUCUUCGUCUUCUGUACUCUCUCCGUCUCUUCCUAUAGCAUCCUUGCCAGACAGUUCGGACGCCUUCGGAAGUUUUGAGUCUGCAUUUAUCUCAACUGCAGAAGAUCAUUCUCCGCAUGAUUUUGACUCGGAAGAGGUAGGAGCAGAUGCAUGGGGCUCAGCGUGGGCGAAUACGGACCGGGACCAGGCAGAGAACAAGUCUGCGCAGGUGGACGAAUGGGAGGAAGCCAAGAAGCAGAAGGCAAGGCAGGAUCGCAGAGUUCCACCAGAAGUAGUAGCAUCUAUGCUACAGCAGUGUAAUGAGUUUUGCAUCGAGGUCUGGCCAGAAGGAGAGAAGUUAUCGGCGACGGGCAAGGAUGCUUGGAGGAAUGAUUGGCGAAGUACAUUGGAUGGUGUGGAAGGUCUUGAUUCCUUUCUACAAUCUCUCCUUCCGCCGCUUACACUGCAGCCGGCCGGGCAGUUCGGAAAGUCGAGCAUUGCGAGGAAGAUGGCGAAUUCUGUACGUUUGACCAAGCACCUCCCUUUAACAAAGGGCAGCCCGAUGUCCCACUACCUCGCCGCGCGUGGUUCUACUGCAUGGGAAGUUGCGGUCAAGGAGCGGAAAGAGGCAGUCGAAGACGAUGUGCCCGUUGGUUGGCGUAUCUUGGAGAAGCAGCUCUCAACAUCUGAGGCAGUUGACUCUACUCAGGCAAAGAAACACGGCAGCCGCUUGUUCUCUUUCUGGUCACGGCGACAAUCGGGCGCUUCCCCUGCACGGUCGACGUUGUCCACCACAUCGCCAACUGACCAUGCGCAUCCAGAGGGGUCAGAAAGUCCGUUCUUCGAUAAUACUGCUCAUGUCAGAAGUCCCAGUCACAACAGCAUCGGGUCUGCUGGAAGGACGAGCGUCGAUAAGGUCUCAUCUCCCGUUUCAGCCACCAAAUCACCAACUCCUUCGCCAUUGCCCCUCACACCUACUGUUAUUUCUCCUGUAUCACCUCCGCAGAUGGGCUCCUAUUCAAACGCACCUGAACCACCGUCUGAACCUCCGCGGACACAGUCGCCACCUGCAGCCCCGUCCGCAGUGUCGCGCUUCUUCGGUAGGUUCUCUCGCCACCAGAGCUCUCACGGGAGCAUCGGUGUCCAUAGCUCGUUGGCGCUCUCGCCCGAUGAUCUUGAGUUCCUGUCUGAUAUCCCGAGCGCCAAUGACGAGAGUGAUCACGUACCAAUUAGCUCUUUGGCGAGUUCAGUCAAGCCGGAACCGUUGCCACCCGUACUGCCCCCACCGCCGUUGCCACCCCCUCCUCGAGUGCAGUCAAUGGGCACAAAUGGGAGUCCUGUUCAUGAACUGACGAGUAGCACGGAGCCAACUACCAUCCUCCCCCAGAUCCCGGACGCACAGCUGAACAGCUUGGAUUCGUUCUUCACGUCGCUUGACGCCGGGGGUUCCAAACCCGGAUCGCGCGCAUCUUCGGUCUCGCUCAGCGCCACUCUCCAGCCCACGUUCCCUGCCGGGUUGGUCACACCCGUGCCCCCAUCUCCGCUCACUGCUUCUCAGCUCGAAUCCAGGCCGCUGAGUCCAUAUCCGCUAUCUUCCAGUAACAGCCCGAUCGUGGAGAAACAAGCCGCGACACCAUUUUAUCUCCCGUCUCCGCCGUCCUCUCGCGCUCAAACCCCCAGCUUCCCUGCCCCAAGCACCGCGCCUGUUCAUCCAACUCCAGAGCUCGGCAGGUCGUCGACUGUGAAACCUAGGCUAUCGUGGCCGAGGCUCCCUUCUCCCCUCAGGGCCCAUCGCUCCUCGACACAGCCUCAGGCGAAUACGUCGUCUUUAGCGUCCACGUCUUCGGAGUCUCCGAGCACGCCGUCGUCUGCUCGACCUCUCGCAGAGUUGUACCCUAUGGCCAUGCGUGUAAACUCACUGACGAACGGCACCAAUGCGACCGUGGUCAAAGCCUCGUCGUCAUCAUCAUCGUCGUUCAUCCUGCCUCCUCCGCCCUCAUCGUGUUCCCAGGCACCCGCGACUACUGCGUUCACUCCCACACUGCCUCCACCGCCACGAGCAUCCUCAGCAGCAUCGAAACCUGUUUCUCCGUUCGUGAAUGUGCUGGAUGACGAUGAUUUCUCGGAGUUCCACUCCUCCCCAAUCCCGGCCCCUGCAACUCUCCCUCUCCCGCAGCGCGCCCAAAGCCCAUCCGCCAUACCAGCAGCAUCCUCGACCCGGUCUAAUUUAUCUAUCGCAUCGUCCUCGAAGCAGCCCCCACCACCAGCAUUGUCGUUGUCGUCUCUCCGCUCCUCCAUUCCGCUAUUUGACGACAACGACAAUUUUUCCGACUUCAACUCCUCCGUCCCCGCAUCCGCGCUCCCGUCCUCCCUCCAGCCCACGUCAUCCAAGUCCUUCGACUCGCCUUCAUCCUUCUCCUCAUUCAACACUUCCACAUCCGAGAAGGCGUUCCUCGCCCCACACAAGUCCGCGGGUUUUGACGUUGCGGGCGGCCUCUCUCCCGUGCUGCGGUCUCCCUCACCGCCUCGGCCUCCGUCAAAGUCGUCGACGCCCUCGCUCAUACUCAAGCCACGGGGAAGGAGCCCCGACAGCCCCUCACAUGCGCGCAAGCGUAGCCGUGCCGAGGAGGUGCAGCACACGCUCGAGCUGAUGGAGCGCGCCGCCGCGCGGCCCGGGCGCUGGCCCGCCCCCCCGUCACCGUUACCAACCGCGCUGCACUUCCCCAAGCCGCCCCCAUCGGCAUCAGCGUCAUCAGUGCAGCCGCUCGUGGACCUAAUGGGUGACGACGGCGACGACGCGCCCGAGCCUGCACUCGCGCAGCCGCAACCGCUCGCGGCCAGCGCUGUCCCCGUGAUUCCCGCGAUACCGAUGUCAGUGUCGCUGUCGUCGCCUGCGCUGUUCAACCCGGUGCGCCCCAGCAGCGGCGCAGGGAGCACCCCCUUUGUGCCUACGCGGCUGUCGCAGUCGCAGUCGUUGCAGGGGUGGGGCGCAUUCGAGGCGGUGCCGAGGACGGGGACGCCGUUGGGCGGUGGGGUGCCGGAUUUGUUUUCGGCUCCAGUGCACCCGUCUACAUCUGCCUCUGCGGCUCAGACGGCUGUGAAGAGCAGUGGGUUGUCGGCGCAGGAUUUGUCGUUCUUCGAGGGGCUGUAG